AUGGCUGAUAACAUGAACGAUGAUAUGGUUAUGGAUCUUGAUUUGAACCAAGAGCCAUUAGUGGACGCUCCACCACCUCCGCCUUUUGGUUAUGGUCCUUUGCUAAACGAACUAGAGACCGCACAUGGCAGAAUCGAGGAUCGAAUUAGGCAACUUGAAGCUGUUACAGCUAGGGCUAGACAACGCCAGCGAUGGCGACAGGCAAGGAACAAUCCGGAAUUGAGUUACAUGACAGUAAUCGAGCCAGACGUUGGUGCAGGAAACCAGAAUCAAGACGACAAUAAUGUUCGUGAUGUGGAUGGAAUUGUAAACACUCCUGGUGGUGUCGACGAGAGGGCUACUGGUGAAAGAGGGAGGAACAGCAAAAGAGAUAUCAGCCAGUUGGCAAAAGCUUUGGAGAUGGAUUUAGAUUCCAAGAAGACAGAUAACAAUGGAGGUGAUGAUGAUGAAAGUGGCGGAUUCUUCGAUUGUAACAUAUGCUUGGAGAUGGCAAGGGAUCCUAUCUUGACUUGCUGUGGUCACUUAUUUUGUUGGAGUUGCUUCUAUCAGUUGUCAUAUGUAGAUUCAAGUGCAAAAGAAUGCCCGGUUUGCAAAGGAGAAGUAACAGAUUCAAGCAUUACACCAAUCUAUGGAAAUGGAAAGAAUCAACCAAUCUUGAAGUUGGAAUCCGGGGUGAAAAUCCCUCCAAGACCUCGAGCACGCAGAGUAGAGAGCAUACGUCAGCAAAGGGUAAUUAGGGGAAUCUCUCAUAUUCCUGUAGCAGAAGCACUUAGAAGAAUCCGAAUUGGAAUCGGUUCAAUUGGGGAAAACCCUCUUCUUCAAGGUCUCAACACUGUAGGAGGAGGACCUACUUCUGAAAUAAACCCAUCAUUGUUACAUUCUUCUGAAGCAGCAGGGGGUAGUAGAAGACACCGUUCACGCCCAUUCUCAAGGGUAAUAUCGGAAAGUGCUGCUUCUCUUUCUUCCAUUUCAUCUGCCCUAAACAACGCAGAGAGAUUGGUUGAAGAUCUUGAAACAUACAUCAAUGAUCGUCUUUUGAGAAGAACAGAUGCUUCGCAGCUUCUACCAGGUAAUCAAGAACGCAACACUUUUCUUCCAAAUGGUGGUGACAUUCAAGUUCAACUGGAGCCUCAGAACGCAGAGAUGAAUAUGAGUCCGAAUCCUGCUGUCCCUGUUUCUUCUAGUUCUUCUCAAAGAGCGAUUGCUACUACUGUUGUGCAUUUGGAUAAUCUAUCAACUGAUAGUGCUGUAGAGAUUGAUCUGACUAUAUCGCAUCCUUCUUCUUCUUCUGCUAGGAGAGCUGCUGUUUCAAGGGCGUUGAGUUUGGAAGGUGGGACUUCCAGGGAGCUCAGGAGGAGACGAUUGAGAUAAACCUUUGAAUCGAAGUAAUAACAGGAAGACUCUAGGGUUUGAAAGGAGGAGGUUUGACCGGAACUAGAUUUUUCUUAUUCAAGUUUCGUUUUGUUUUCGGAACAAAACCGUAUUUGGCCUUGUUUGUGGAUGUAUUUUUCUUGUCGAACAAUUAUAUAGGUAACGAUUAAAUGUC